GCAAGCAUACUAGAAAAUGGGAGGUGGGAAUCUUGUUCCUCCAAAUCCCAUCGUUUUUGUAGGAAAAAAAAUAGGGGUUUUAAUUCAAAAGAAUCUGCAUCAUUUCAUUUCUAUAAAUCCAAAAAAAUCUCAAACUUUCCAUUGGUUUCACAACCAACAAGAAUCAAUCAAUCAAACAAUCAAUCUAUAGGUUGUUUUGGUUGAACCCCACGAUCGGUCGGACCCCCUCCCUCUCCUCCGAUGGUGGGUUCCUUCAAUUCAUCAGACUGAUCGAGAGAGAGGAGAUUAUAAUUGCAUUGAUGCUAGCAAAGUUGGAAAUAUCUUGCAGCUUGCUAAGGCAAGCUCAUCUACGUCAAAGCACUUUGAAAACAAGCAUUGUCGUUGUGAGUUUUAAAGAUCAAACAAUUUCUGGUUGUUUGUAAUAGGGACUUGCGUGAUACGUAAAGAUAAAAAAAAUGGGUGGUAUUUCUUCAAGCCCUGCUAGAACAAUAAAACCAAUAAAGUCACUGCGUCUACAUAGCAAAAAGAUACGUGUGCCUGACAAACUGAAAAGGAAGAAGAAGAACAAGGACACCGAUGCAGGAGGAGACUCGGUUGCAGUUACUGACACAACCGUCCCUUGUCAUGAAUCAGUGUCUUCUGAUUGUACUCAUGAACCCACUCACUUGGAAUCACACACUAGUCAGAGUGCUACUAAUGAAGACGAACCAUGGUUUGAUUCUGUCAGCAGCAUUGGAGAUUCUGAUUCAGAUGAUGACUUCACUAGCGUGGAUGGAGACGAUCCAAACCGAGACAAUGAGAUGUUCUUGGACAACAUGAAUGUAUACAAAGUGAACGCACUCGAGCAAGUUAACCAGUUUUCCAUAUUAGGUUACCAGGGAUAUGAUGGUGAAUCCAGCCCGACAUACAAGUUAGGACGUAGUUACAGCAGCUAUAACGGUGAUAAAGAUGAUAAAAACCAAGCCCGGAUAUUGAAUCCCCAACUGUUACAUUCUGCUAGCUACCAUGAUAACAUAACUAACACAUCAAACUCGGGCUCACAGAAUCUGACAGGCAAACCCACUGUGAUUAAGCUUGCGGUAAAAAGAACCGAUCCCAAUGGCACCCGUGCUACAGAAAAGUUGUUUUACCGUCCACGGGCAGGAUUCUUGAUUCCAUGUUGUACCGAUGAGAAGCCGACUCCUGGAUGUUGGUCUGCUAUUGACCCAUCCACAUUUUCCCUCAGAAGUGAAAACUAUUUCAAAGAUAAAUCAAAAAAACCUGCUCCAAGUUAUUGCCCUUACACUCCAGUCGGUGUAGAUCUAUUUGUAUGCCCGAAAAAGAUCGAUCACAUUGCCAAAUACCUCGAGCUUCCUAGGCUAAAAGGCGAUGGCAAAUUGCCACCUCUCCUCAUUAUCAAUAUUCAGUUGCCUAGUUAUGCUGCUCAGAUGUUCCUUAGUGACAGUGAUGGUGAAGGUUUGAGCCUCGUCUUAUAUUUCAAACUGUCGGAAACGUACGAGAAAGACACUCCUGCCCAGUUUCAACAGAGCAUCAAGAGUUUAGUGGAGGAUGAAAUGGAAAAGGUGAAGAGUUUCAGAAAAGAAACGAUGGUAGCUUUCAGAGAACGGUUGAAGAUAAUGGUGGGUGUGGUCAACCCAGACGACCUUGUUACUAACAGCACCGAGAGAAAGCUUUUGCACGCCUACAAUGAAAAACCCGUCCUCUCACGCCCUCAACACAACUUCUUUCGGGGAUCAAAUUACUUUGAAGUUGACCUGGACAUUCAUCGGUUUAGUUACAUAGCAAGAAAGGGAUUAGAUGCGUUUCGUGAACGCCUUAAAGACGGGAUAAUGAAUCUCGGCCUAACAAUUCAGGCUCAGAAACCCGAAGAGUUGCCGGAGAAAGUUCUUUGCUGCUUGAGAUUAAACAAGAUUGACUUUGUUAAUCGUGGUCAAAUACCUACAUUAGUAGCAGACUAGCAGUCGACGAAACUUUAUCCUCUUGAUCCCUUCUCCAUUGUGUUCUUGGCCAUUUUUUAGUUUGACUUUUGUAGAUGUCUAGCAAAAGAGUUGACUUUUGCAGGUGUAAAAAUGUGUGUAAAGAACUCGAACUUUAGAGAAUUAUUCAACUAAAGGGAUUGUAUGUA